UAGUAAAACUGAGAGUAUAAUCAUGAAGAAAUUAUCUCACUUGUAUUUUCCCCUUGGACUCUUCUUGCUAGGUUCUUUCUUAUCUUGCUUAGCCAUGACCACCCCCAACAUUACCACGGAUCAAUCAGCCCUUCUCUCAUUGAAAGCCAAAAUCACUUGGGAUCCUCACGAAAUCUUGGCAAGCAACUGGUCGGCUACUUCCUCAGUUUGUGAUUGGAGAGGAGUCACUUGCGGCUCUCGCCACCGCAGAGUCACUGCCCUGAACAUCUCCAACUUGGGCCUUAAUGGCACAAUUCCUCCACAAAUGGGGAACCUGUCCUUUCUCAUGUCCCUCGAAAUGAGCAGGAACAACUUCUACGGAGAACUUCCCCAUGAACUGAUUUGUUUGCGCAGGUUACGAGUCCUUGGUUUAGGCAUUAACAUGCUUAGCGGAAGUAUUCCCUCUUGGGUUGGUUCCUUCCGACAACUCCAACACUUUUCUCUAGAGAACAACAGCUUUACAGGCUUUAUCCCACCUUCUAUCUCCAACAUGUCAAAGCUAGAGACACUAAAUCUGCAGUUUAAUUCUCUACAAGGAGCAAUACCAAUGGAGAUUGGGAACCUAAAUAAAUUGAAGUAUAUAGAGAUGAGCCGGAAUCAGCUUUCAGGUUCUUUGCCACCGGAGAUGUUCAAUAUUUCUACAUCGGAAAUUAUUGCUUUUCAAGGUAAUAGCCUGUCUGGUAGUCUUCCAUCCAGCAUAUGUUCCCGUCUUCGAGGACUCUCACGGCUCGACCUUUCCUACAACGAAUUAAGUGGCAUGAUACCAGCAUCCUUAUCCAAAUGUUCAAAGCUUCGUGUACUGCAGUUGUCAUACAACAACUUUAGUGGGGUGAUGCCAGAAGAAGUUGGGAACUUGACGGCACUCGAGGAACUAUAUCUUAGUCACGACAAUUUAGAUGGGACAAUUCCAAUGGAGAUUGGGAAUCUAAACAAAUUGAAGAUAGUGGAAAUCAACAACAAUCAGCUUUCCGGUUCUCUGCCAAUGGGGAUGUUCAAUAUUUCCUCGCUGGAAGUUAUUGGUUUACAAGGUAAUAGCCUAUCUGGCAGUCUUCCCGUUGGCAUAUGUUCCCGUCUUCAAGGGCUCACAAGCCUUGACCUUUCCUACAACGACGUAAGUGGUAUUAUACCGUCAUCGUUGACGGAAUGUUCAAAGCUUCAACUACUGUCGUUGUAUGACAACCACUUUAGUGGAAUGAUACCGGAAAGAUUUGGGAACUUGACGGCGCUCAAGGGACUAUAUCUUAGUGGGAACAAUUUACACGGUGGUAUUCCCCAAGAGCUUGGCCGCCUAAAGCAUCUUGAAGAACUUGCUUUUGCCAACAAUAGCCUAACUGGAUCCAUACCAGCCCAAAUAUUCAACAUCUCGACAUUGCAAGGACUGGACCUAACGAACAAUAAGCUUUCUGGAAGACUUCCGUCAUCCACAGGUUAUGGAUUAAUCAACCUUGAAGUGCUUGUUCUCUUUUUGAAUGAGUUUGAUGGAGUAAUACCAGCCUCAAUCUCAAAUGCGUCCAAGCUUACUAUUUUAGACUUGACUCGAAAUAGAUUCAGCGGUCCAGUUCCAAACUCUCUUGGAAACCUAAGACUUCUAAGACAUUUGGGUCUUGUUGAAAAUCAUUUGACAUCUGAACCUUCAUCGAGAGAAUUGAGCUUUAUUAGUUACUUAACAAAUUGCAAGUACCUGAAAAUAUUAGGUUUUGCUGAAAAUCCGCUGCACGGUUUUCUUCCGAUAUCAGUUGGGAAUCUCUCAACUUCUAUGGAGAGCUUCUAUGGAUAUGGUUGCGGAAUCAAGGGAAGCAUUCCCGAUACAAUUGGGAAUUUGAGCAGAUUAUUCAUUUUGAAUCUACAUGGAAAUCACCUGAGUGGACCCAUUCCCAGCACAAUGAAAUAUUUGCAAAAUCUUCAAGUUUUGGAUUUGGAUGAUAAUCAAUUAAGUGGUUCAAUCCCAGAUUGCAUUUGCAGGUUAAAGAGAUUGUACCAAAUCGAUCUGGGGCAAAACCAGUUUUGCGGGUCAAUACCAUCAUGCUUAAAUAAUAUUAGUUCCCUGAGAGGAAUUUUCUUUGCUGGGAACUUAUUAAACUCAAGCAUACCUGCUAGCUUGUGGAACCUCACUGAUCUCUUGACGUUGAACCUGUCAUAUAAUUCCUUGAGUGGCUCACUACCUUAUGAAACUGGAAAUUUGAAGGUAGUAACACUAUUUGAUUUGUCAGGAAAUCAGUUUAUUGGGAAUAUUCCAAGUUCCUUGGGAGGCUUGCAAAAUUUAGCAACGCUAUCAUUAGCACAAAAUAAACUUCAGGGACCUGUUCCAGACUCUCUCAAUCAAAUGUUAAGCUUGGAAUUUUUGGAUCUAUCCAAUAAUAAUCUAUCAGGUCCAAUACCAAAUUCCUUGGAGACACUUUUAUAUCUCAAAUACAUUAAUCUUUCUUUCAACCACUUAAGAGGAGAAAUUCCCUCCAGUGGUCCUUUCAAGAACUUCACAUAUGAAUCAUUCAUGUCGAAUGAUGACUUGUGUGGCGCUCAAAGAUUUCAUGUUUCUCCAUGUCAUUCUCCUCGGAUUCACAAAUCCAGUCAGAAGAAAGUAUUUCAUAUGCUAGGCAUUCUAUCAGGUAUUGCAGCAACAAUAAUUGCUCUUACAACUGCUGCAAUUUUACUUUUAAGAUGCCGAAGAAAGGAUGGGAUUUCAAGAAACACUGAUUUGUUGCCCAUGGGAUUGCCAAAAAUGAUGUCAUACUAUGAACUUGUGCAAGCAACCAAUGGUUAUGAUGAAAGCAAUUUGCUUGGCAAAGGGAGUUUUGGAUCUGUAUAUAAGGGUAUUUUGACGGAUGGGACAGUUGUAGCUGUGAAAGUUUUCACUUUACUAGCAGAAGUCACUUCCGGGAGUUUUGAUACAGAGUGUGAAGUUCUACGCAACCUUCGCCAUAGAAACCUUACCAAAGUGAUUGGUAGUUGCUCUAACCUGGACUUCAAGGCCUUAGUGUUUGAUUAUAAGUCUAAUGGGAGCCUUGAGAAAUGGUUGUACUCCCACAACCAUUGCCUGGAUCUGCUGCAAAGGAUAAGCAUAAUGAUGGAUGUUGCUUCCGCAUUGGAAUAUCUCCAUUUUGGUUAUACAACACCAGUGGUUCACUGCGAUCUGAAACCUAGCAACAUAUUACUCGAUGAAAGUAUGGUUGCUCAUGUGAGUGAUUUUGGUAUGGCAAAGUUUUUGGAUGAAGAAAAUAGUGUUCUGCAUACCAAGACACUUGCAACGCUUGGAUACUUGGCACCAGAGUAUGGACUUGAAGGGCAGUUGUCAACAAGGGUUGAUGUGUAUAGUUUUGGCAUAGUUUUGAUGGAAACCUUUUCAAGAUUGAAGCCUAGUGAUGAAAUGUUCAAAGAUGAUUUCAGCUUGAAGAGUUGGAUUGAAGAAUCUCUACCUAAUGCAACAACUCAAGUUGUAGACGCAAACUUACUUGGGCAACAAGAUGAGCAUUUCAGCGAGAAAUUGGAAUGUGUUUCAAUGAUCUUCAAAUUGGGUUUGAGUUGCUGUGCUGAAUGCCCACGAGAUCGGACUAAUAUGAAGGAUGUUGUGGCUGCACUUCAAAAGAUAAAACGUCAAAUUGAGUAUUUUCCGAAUAUUUUGGCAUGAAAGAUGAUGCCAAGAUUUGAAACAUGAAGCAAAAUAAGUUAUAUUAUCCAUCCUAAGUAUGCUGAUAUAUCAAUAAUAUAUUAUUAAGAUGCCAAAGUUUUUUUUUUCUAGUCUCUAAAAGCUUGUUCUGGCAAUCUAUUUGUAUGUGCCCAAUUUUAAGUUCAUUUUCUUAGCUGUCAUUUGAAAGGCAUCCGGAGGAAAAACUGCAUUUGCAUAGUUCUC